CUUUGACAAUUGACAAUGAGUGCUACAGUAUUCUGAUAGACAGGAUACAUCAGAAAAUGAGUUCUUCAGCACACUGAGCCAUCUUGUUUCUGUUGGAGCUGUUUUGACUGAAGGAAUGGGCUGCAGUAGGGUUAAGUAGGUGCUGCGCCAGUCUGGAGCAGCCCAAGGCCCUGAUGAAGAUGGGCCUGAGUAUGGUGCUUGUAGGACACGUCAACUUCCUACUGGGGGCGCUAGUCCACGGGGCUGUGCUGCGACACAUCAACCUGAACACACGAGCCCACACCGUGGCGUACUCCAUAUCUAAUAUAAUGGCACUCACUACUGGACUAGUGGGUGUUGUUGUAGGAAUGCUGGCCAUCCUCCUGUCUAAAAACAAGAAGAGCAGAGUGCUGACAUGGUUGUUGUUCGUGGUCAGCCUGUUUGGUAGUCUCCUGGCCACAGCGUCUGCGAUUGGCCUCACCGUUUCUGUGGUGAGGGUCACAGUUAAUGGUGGGCGGAGCCUCCUGACUCACUGCCGGUUCCCCAACGCUAUUGGCUACGCCAGCAUCACUAACGAGUGCCCUUUCGACCACACACGCGUUUAUAGCAUGACACUGAUCCUGUGGGUUCCCCUGAUCGUGAUCUGUUUUGUCCAGCUGGUUUUGUCAGUGCGGUGUUUCUCUGUGGGUGUUUCUUUCCUGGGUCUACCCUGCUUCCCUCGCAAGAUCAGGCUCAGGGACCACGGUAGAACGAUAAAUACAGUAGCACCCGCAGAGCCGCCCUCUCUCACUAGCUCAGUAUCCGGUCAUCCCCUUCAUCUACACCUUCUUCAGUCGGACCCGCCUCAUCUCAAGUCCCAGCGGCAGCCUUUCCUCCUCCUCCUCUUCAUCACUCAUGCCCGUCUCAUCUCAAGUCCCAGCGGCAGCUUCUUCCUCCUCCUCCUCUUCAUCACUCGUGCCCGUCUCAUCUCAAGUCCCAGCGGCAGCUUCUUCCUCCUCCUCCUCCUCUUCAUCACUCGUGCCCGUCUCAUCUCAAGUCCCAGCGGCAGCCUCUUCGUCCUCAGCAUCAGAAUCAGAGAGGAAGUUCAGACAGGUGGUCUGACGGGGGGCAGCUGGUUCCCCCAGAGGAACAUGAGCUGCUGGAACAAGGUUUCUGGAUAUAAUGAUGAUGACGAUGAACACCCAGAUACGGCUCCAUACCCCGUCUAUAUAAUCCCUAACCCAGAUACUACUCCAUAGCCCGUCUAUAUAAUCCCUAACCCAGAUACGGCUCCAUAGCCCGUCUAUAUAAUCCAUACCCCGUCUAUAUAAUCCAUACCCCGUCUAUAUAAUCCCUAACCCAGAUACGGCACCAUACCAGUCUAUAUAAUCCAUACCCCUUCUAUAUAAUCCCUAACCCAGAUACUACUCCAUACCCUGUCUAUAUAAUCCCAAACCCAGAUACGGCUCCAUAGCCCGUCUAUAUAAUCCCUAACCCAGAUACGGCACCAUACCCAUCUAUAUAAUCCAUACCCCGUCUAUAUAAUCCCUAACCCAGAUACGGCACCAUACCAGUCUAUAUAAUCCAUACCCCGUCUAUAUAAUCCCUAACCCAGAUACGGCACCAUACCAGUCUAUAUAAUCCAUACCCCUUCUAUAUAAUCCCUAACCCAGAUACGGCUCCAUACCCCGUCUAUAUAAUCCCUAACCCAGAUACGGCACCAUACCAGUCUAUAUAAUCCAUACCCCUUCUAUAUAAUCCCUAACC